GCACCGCGCCGCGAGCGCCGGGCCGCCGCCGCCGCGCUCAGGCUGCGCUGUUCCGUCCCGUCCCCCGCCCCGGGCCCCUCUCCCGCCGCCGCCAUGCGCCACAGCCUCACGCAGCUGCUGGCGGCCUCGGCCGGCGGAGCGAGCCCCUCGGGCGCCGUCUGGCCGCUCACCGGCGCGGGGCAGGCCCCGAGAGGGCGGGAUGGCGGCGGGGAAGGGGAUCCGGGCCCCGCGCGGCCCAAACAACAGCAGCCGCCGCGGCGGGAGGUGGGCGCCCUGGAACCGCGGCGGCAGGAGAAGGAGGCGGAGGCGCCCGGCGGCCUGCUGGAGGUGUGGGAGCAAGAGGACUGGUUCCCCGGUCUGGAGCUGGGAGACCUGCUGGAGGCGGCCCGGCCGGACUGGGACCUGGACGCGGAGCUGAGCGGCUGCUUCUGUGGGGAACCGGAGCCGCUGCCCCCGCCGGGUCCGGGCCAGAGGCCGGCGGCGGCCGGGCGGAGGAACGGCGGGGCUGGGAGCCGGCUGAAGGCGGCGGCGGCGGCGCGGUUGAACCGGCUGAAGAAGAAGCAGUACGUGCUGGGGCUGGAGAGCCGCCUCCAGGGCCUGGCUGCCGAGAACCGGCAGCUGCGGGACCGCAACCGCGGCCUGAGCCGCCGCCUGCGAGAGCUGGAGCGGGAGAGCAGCUACCUGCGGGCCGUGCUGGCUAAUCAGAGCGCCCUAGGGCAGCUCCUGAGCCGCUUGGCCGGGAUCCGCGCCGGCGGGCUGCAGCUCAGCACCAGCCUCUUCAGGGACACGGGCAGCCCCCGCCGCCAUUGCCACCACCUCCAGCCUGCCGGCGAGAGCAGCGACCACGACUACGCCCUGCCCAGCGCCCGGCCGCCCAGCCGGGAAGAGGCGGCGGUGGUGACGGAGACUGAGGAGGAGUGGGCGGCCCCCGGCGGGAUCUGCCUCCACGUGGACCGGGAUCAGGUGUCGGUGGAGUUCUGCUCCAUCUGUGCUCGGCGGGCAGCGGCCUCCUUCAAAAUUUUCUCUUUUAGGUGCUUGCCCUGCCAGGCUCCGUUGUGUAGGGGUUAAAGAACAGUCGUUUUCCACCUCGCAACCUGGUAAGGAUCAAUAUAUUCCCAUAAUGCGGUAUCAGACAGCUUGCUUUGCUUAUGCCAGUCUCUUGCAAUGACUGGUUCAGGAAAUGAUUUCUCUGGUCCUUGGCCUUCUCUGCCAAAAUGUGUCUAGCUCUGGAUGAUAACAGUGAAAAUUACAAUCACAUCCUCCUAGUUAGCUGGUUUCCUCUUUCCCUUUUCUAAAUGAGUGUGCACAUAGUAACCAAUACAUGAGCUACAUUUUUAAUUAAAACAGAAGUGCUUACAACAUGAGAAAUAGGAAUUUUCUAUGUAAGUAGCUGGUGAGCUGGGGAAAACGAGCUAAUAAGGGGGAUAUGACAUUUACAGCCUUUCAUUAUAGGGGACUGCCUCAAAAGUGUAAGUAAAUUGCUUUUUUAAAUGGGAAAAAAAAAAGUGAUCUGUUGGUUUAAAAUGCUGCCUAGUGUUAGGGAUGCACAGUACCUUUAAAAAGCCCUUCUCUAGCUUGUUUUAAGUCAUGAUACGGAGUUUUGCCCGCUUAAACAGAAUCUGAACACUGAUUAUAUCUGUACAGUGGAAACCUAAUGUAGAGGAGUCACUUGCAUGGACCUCUUAAGGAGAAUUGCAGUUUGAAGAAUGCAGUGCAACGAAGUAACUCGUUACUUUAGCUUCCCAUACAUAAAUCUCUGUGCCCGUGCACACUGAAAUUCCCGCGUUACUUCAGAGUAGCUUUAAAUUCUAAAGGUAUCGCAUGUAGAUGCAUGUGCUUAAUUUUAGAGUUCUUAAUUUAGCCUCCAGAAAUCUAUAACUUCAUCCAAUUGAGCACAGUUUGGAGAUGAGUAAAUAUAUGUCUCGAGGCUAAAGAUUUGAAAAAUGCUCCAUAAUUAACUGAGAUAGGAAGAAAAAUUAGUUUGACAAACAAUAGUGUGUGUUUUCUUGUACUAGUCAGUGUUUCUGCCCAUCACAAAAAGCGAGUGGGUUGUUUUUUCAGUUGUAUGACAAUGUUUAGGUUGUUUAUGUGUAUGUCAGUUGGGGGAAGAAGGACUGUGAAGAUGAUAAUAUGUAAAGUGAGGUUUCACAAAGAAUGGACUUUCCUAAACCAAGUUUCAUUUAUUAACUUCUUUAAAACCAAAAGAUUCUAUUUAGUGUUUCUGUUUCUUAAAGCCUUAAAUUUGGUGUUUAAGGCUCAGUGGAAGGUAAAAAGCGUUUUCUCCCAGUCAUUUUGCUUUAUUGGUUCGAGACCCUGUCAAGUGUUCAUCAGCAUAAAAGGCAUUUGAUUUUUCUUUGUGAAACAUCACUGUGUGAUAAAGUAUAUGUGUAUUUAGCAUCCUUGUUUUUCUUUAUGCUAAAGUGGAUUCAGCUGUGUUGGGGCAGAAGAGACGGGACCAGCUGCUGGCCACAUUUCCUGCUUUAUUUUAAAAGGUAGUAUAAGAAAUGAGAAUAAAGAGGUAACAGGGCUUUUGCUGUCUUUGGUUAAAAAAGCGAAAAGGUUGAAUGCCAGGAUCGUUUACUGUCAUCCAAGAUGUUUUCUUUCAACGACAAUAAUAUCCUAUCGAGCAGGUUUUACUCCACUGUGUGCAGAGUUCCAUCUGUUCAGGGUGCACUGCCAGCAGAAGAGAGAUGUAGCGGGUACGUGUGACCAUACCCCUGUGUGGUGGCAUGCACAGGAGCUGGCAGUUGCAGUCUCAGUGGUGUAACCCUGCUGUAAUCGAUGGGUUUCACUGGUGCCAAAGGACGCAGUGAACCAUCCAGACCCUCGCUGACUGAUAAUGCAAAACGGAAACCACUGAGUUAGGUUCAACCUAGGCUCAAUCUGCCUAGCUCAGACUUCAGGAAGGUGCUUUAAUUUUCAUGUUUAACAUGCUCAAUGAAAAAAGAAAUGCUGAUGUAGCAAGUACGGAUGUUAUGGUAUUUUUACAAUUAGCGUAGGAGUGGGGUUGAAGUUAAAUAUGCAUUCUUUCUUCCUGCAUCGCUGCGAAACGGUAGGGUCAGGGACGUAGCUCUGGUCUCUGUUGUGAAGCUGCAUGUGGCUUUAGUCAUGAAACUACCUGUGAGCUGUUGUCUGAGAGGAGCUGAUGUUCUGACAUAAAAAAUGAUGUAUACUGGUACAAGAACAAGGUCGAGUCCCAAGAAAGUAAGUGGCUGCAGGCAUUUCUAGUGCCUACUGAAUCGUAUUCAAACCAAAUAGAGAGGAGGAAGUCAUUUGAAACUCUAACCAACUGGACUAUCUGUAUGGUGUAUUAUUAAUGUAGCUUUUUCAAGUGGAAGCCUUGAAAUGACAUAACUUAAUACUUGAAAAUAUAUUGUAAAUGUUUCUUUGUAAUUAUGUGCCAUCCAGAUGAAGAAUCCGAUAUCGUAAUAAAAUCAGACUUGUUGAUCUUUCA